GUUCUUCACUUCAAAUCAGCGCUCACAGCACUAGUGCCGUUUAUUCCAACCCGUGGUCACACAGAAGAGCCUCUCUCUACCCCUCCUGCGGUACUUCGCCUUCAAUUUUUAAUGCGAGAAGAGUUCAGCACUCUCUUCCCUCUGUGUACACACGAACUAGCGCUAUCCACUUGGCCAGGAGCGGAAGCGAGAGAAAAACUCACUUUGCAAGAAAAGCUCGCCUACGCCGGGAUUCGAACCCCUGACCUGACCUCUAGAAGGUUACGAGGCUACCAACUAGACCACCGGGGCGACCGGCUAUGCUUCCCGCUAAACUCGAGAAUUCGCGUGGCCGGAUCCCCCGCCGGCGUCUCCACCUUUCCAUUCGCCCGUUCCCUUAUCAGGUGAUCCUAGGAGGUUUCACCAAUGGCGAAUGGGGUGCUUCCAACCUGGACGGUCUUCGAGACAUCGCCGCCGUAAAGCUCGACGGCGAAGCGGGUACAGAGGUGUGGCGGUACCAAGCCGCGGCGUCCACGUCCUCGUCCGGAGGGUACGGUGUUAGCUACGUGCUCGGGGUCGCUGUAGACAGCACCAACAACCCGGUGUUGGUUGGGACGACGUACAACAGCUUGGUGGACGGCGUGGGCGUCCCGGGAGACUGGGACUUCUUCGCGAUCAAGCUCGACGGGGUGACGGGGGGCGAACUGUGGAGAGUGCAGGGAGGGGUCGCGUUCACUCGGGAGGGUCUUCUGGGCGCGAAGGUGGAUUCGUCAGGGGAUCUGGUGGCGGCUGGCUACGCCGCAAACGAAGACGCGAGCGAGCUCAACUUUCUCGUCGUAAAGCUGAGCGGGUCUGAUGGCUCCGUGCUGUGGGAGUACGCGCCGUCUACGGCUAGCGGUGGCGUUUUUCACUCCGUGGACCUGGACGACAGGAGCCACGUGUACGUCGCUGGAGGCGAGGGCGCCCCAAACUUCCAAGGAAAGGUCGGGACAACGGCCGUGGUUCUCAAGCUUGACGGGGAGUCCGGCGUGGAGAGGUGGUCCUACCGGGGGACAGGCGGGGACGGGAUAAUGCUUAACAGCAUCGCGGCCGACCCGAUCACCGGCUGGGUCGUUGGCGCCGGAGGAGCUCAGGGCGACUGGGUCGAAGGGGCAAGCCAGGGCGGCUUCGAUUUCGCCGCCGUCGUCCUCGACGGGGACUCUGGAGCCGAGCUCACCAGAUGGCAAGACGGGACCUUGGGCGACGAUGUCUUGGAGUUCGUUGAGUUCGACAUCAGCGGAGAGUUUUUCCUCGGGGGCUUCUCGACGGCGGCCUGGGUGGGCGGGACCGGGGACGACGAGGACGUCGUGGCCAUGAAGUUCGAGCGCCUGGCAACCACCGUGGCUCGCACGGACGCUCCGUCGUCGGCGCCGACCUCCAGCCCCACCGCCGGGCCCACCUAUCCCCCGUCGCCCCCGCCCACGCUACCUCCGUCACUUCCGCCCACGAUACCACCGUCGCCUCCGCCCACCGCAAUAUCCGUGCCUUCGCCGUCGCCUACGCCUGGGUCGACGGCGGCACCCGCGACCGCUGUUCCCCCGGCCGCAGAAACGCCAUCUCCAUCGGCGGCGGCGCGAGAUGCCACGCUACCUACCGCGGCCCCCGCCGUUGCGUCGGCGGAGGCAGUUGACGGGUCCGGGUCGUCGGAGGCGCUCGAAAACUGGGCCGUCGGGACGAUCGUUGCUGGGGGUGGGCUGUUUCUCGCGCUGCUGGCGCUAUGCUUGUGUUCAGUACGGCGAAGAGCGAAAGCCAAGAUGGCGGAGAUCGCCGCUGCCCAGGCGAAAGCCCUACAGGUUCUUCCCGUACCGAGUACCAAGCCACAGCGCAUGGUUUUCGUCGACGUGUACCCCGACGAGGACGAAGACGCGAAAUUUACCUCGCGGGAUGAGGACGGGGCUGAGUUAGGGGGGUCCAAGUUGGUGGGGUCUAAUUUAGUGGGUGCCAAGAAGGUGGGAGACAAUCUGUCAUGA